AUGAGAGUUGGAAAAAGAAGUAGCUCACCAAAUCGCAAGAUUCGUAAAAAAAAUACAAAAAUUAGGGAUGGAAGAAUAGAUUCACUCAAACAGAAAACGCUUUAUUUAAUUCACAUUAAAUUCGACUAUGUCAAUGACAACAAAGAAACCAAUAGUAGUGAGCACAAUAAGAAGUUAGAGGGCUCUGCAACUUCUGCUUCAUCGAAUGAAAUCACAAACUUUCAAAAUCCUGAACAACAAAAUGAAGUAGAACUCCAGGAGAGGUUGGAAGAACUGCAGUCAAAACUGGAAGAAUUCCUAGAUAAUUCUGAAGAAGAAAAACAUGAAAACGUAAAAAAUAAUAAUGAAGGAGAGGAUGAAGUGGAAAAAGAGUUGUUGGAUGAGGAUAUAAUGUCCGAUAUAGUGAAAAAUAAUGUUAUAAAUUUUAAAUCGCGGAUGUGCUUUGUAUGUAUGGAAAAUCACUCUCUGAACUAUAAUACGGUAACCAAUUUCGAUAGCGACAAAUACACCACAAAGGAAGAUCCAUUAUACAUUUCGUACGUCAAAAGUAAUAUUUUCCUGAAAAAUAACGAUAAUUUAAAGUUUGACAAGGAUUCCAUUUUCGAUGCGUCCUGGGAGGUUGAAUCCAACCAUCUGUGCAGUCAAAUAUCGAAAUUUCUUGACUCGAAUUCCUCACAAAAUUUAUUAAAUCCAGUUAAAAAUAAUGAAAUUUCAGUAGGGAGUGAUUCAGUACCAGAAGUAAAGGAAGGAAAUCUAAAUUUGCAUCAAAAAAAGGUUGGAAAUUCGGUUUCCAACGAAGAUGUUGCUACAUCAAUUCCAGAUAAAAAUUAUUCCCUAAAGAAUAAGGAUAUAAGAAUCAUUGAUGCGUUUAGCGGAAUUGGAGGGAGUUUGAUCCCAUUCAUAAACAAUUUCAACUACUCUUUGGGUGUUGAGCUGAAUAAAAACCGGGUGGAAAUAUGCAAAGAUAACAUUUUAUCUUACGGAGUUAAGAACCAAUACGACCUCAUUCAUGAUGAUUUUUUUAAUUUUGCCAACGAGUUUUUGAAUAAUCCAAAGUUGUACUUUGAGAAAUUGGGUAAAAAGUAUUUAUUUAGGGAGAAUUCACCCUUUCAAUUCGACUGGGUGCACCUAUCACCUCCCUGGGGUGGUGUAAACUAUAAAGGCAAUGCCAGUGACGAAAUUUAUAAGAUUUCCAAAUGCUUCCCAAACUUUUCACACCUAAUUGAACUCUGCGGCAAAUUGGCUCCGAACAUAACCCUGUACCUGCCAAGAUCGCAAUCACUCUUUGACCUGGUCAAAGCCUCUUCUCAAUACAAUUUCAGGUUCAUUCUUAUCGAUUCAUAUUUAAUAUAUCCAUUCACCAAGAUCAGGUGUUGCAUGAUACACUUGAUGAGAGAUAUUGAAAUGUUUAAAUCUAACGCUAAAGUAACGAACGUAAAAAAGAUGGAUACUAAGGCUCUAUUUAACAAGAUGAAGGAAAGGUCGAAAGACGACAAUUACAACGUCAUCUGUAUAAACAGGUAUAUUAACGAGUUCAAAAUUGAUCAUUUAAUAUCACUUGGUCUUUCAACAGUAUUAAAUGAAACGAGUUCAAAUGUGUACAACAAACUGAAAUUAUUAGUUGCCUCUUUCGACAUUAAUACUCUCAUCAACCUUAUCAAUGUUUCAAUUCAGAUUUAUUACUCUGAAGGUAUUUAUAUAUAUUUUUAA